CCCUCCUCUUCUAUCGUGAUCCACCUGUCUCUCCCACACAGAUUUCGUGGUCUCCCCCUCCCCCUCCCUCGUAAUUACGGAAUUAAAAAAAAAAAAAAAAAAAAAGGGGGAUCUCCUCUUCUUUUCUUGCCCUAUAUAGUUACUUUCUUAACACUCAUCAUUUCAAUUUUUUUUUUUUGGCAUUUCUGAUUUUCUACUGCUAAGAAACCGUGGAUUUAGAUUUCUAAGGUUUUGGAAAUUAAGGGACAUGGGGUUGCAAGGACAGAUAAUACCGUAUAAAAACGGAGAAAAAGAAGAAGACGACGAUGAAAGGGCAGGAAAGGAGAUAUCACCGUUUCCUCCUCCUCCUCUUCAUAGCAAAUUCGCUGUUGUUGGUUAUGCUCUCACCUCCAAGAAAAUUAAGAGCUUUUUGAAGCCCAAGCUCGAAGGUUUGGCUAGGAAUAAGGGGAUUUUGUUUGUUGCAAUUGAUCAAAACAGGCCACUUUCAGAUCAAGGUCCUUUUGACAUUGUGUUGCACAAGCUAACUGGAAAGGAGUGGCGACAGAUUCUUGAGGAUUACAGACGGACACAUCCAGAAGUCACUGUCCUUGAUCCUCCUGAUGCUAUACAACAUUUACAUAAUCGGCAGUCUAUGCUCCAGUGUGUCGCUGAUAUGAAUUUGUCCAACUCGUAUGGGAAAGUAGGUAUCCCUAAACAAAUAGUUAUUAAAAAGGAUGCAUCAUCUAUCCCUGGUGCAGUUGCAAAAGCUGGGCUGAUGUUACCCAUCGUUGCAAAGCCACUGGUUGCAGACGGAAGUGCAAAAUCACAUGAACUAUCACUUGCCUAUGAUCAACAAUCACUUCAGAAACUUGAACCUCCACUUGUUCUUCAGGAGUUUGUCAACCAUGGGGGUGUUAUGUUUAAAGUUUAUAUUGUUGGGGAGACCAUUAAGGUGGUGAGGCGUUUCUCAUUACCUGAUGUCUGUAAACGAGAGCUUUCGAACAUUGCUGGUGUGUUCCGUUUUCCACGUGUUUCUUGUGCUGCCGCUUCUGCAGACAAUGCUGAUUUGGACCCUGGUGUUGCUGAGCUUCCUCCACGACCAUUGCUUGAGAAACUUGCAAGGGAACUUUGUCGUCGACUGGGUCUCCGGUUGUUCAAUCUUGAUAUUAUCCGAGAGCAUGGGACCAGAGAUCGAUUUUAUGUCAUUGACAUUAACUACUUCCCAGGUUACGGGAAAAUGCCAGAGUACGAGCAUAUAUUUACGGAUUUCCUUCUGAGCCUUGUACAGAAUCAAUACAAGAAAAAAUCCACCUAGAAACUGUUGGGAGGCAUUACUGACAUAAAAGUUGUGUAUUGAAAGUAUCAUGUUGUCCGAGAAAGUAUGUGCAGGGGGGGGGUGGGGGGGGUUGCUACGUGCCGUGUAUAGCAUAAUUAAUGCCUGCUAGCAGCUGGAGGAGGAUAUGCGCAAAUCCCAACCUUCAACGUCUGUAAUUACUGGCUGGCAGGAGCUCCCUUCAAUUCAGCUGGCUUUAAUCAAUUCCUUAUGUUAUCUCGCCAUUAUUCUGUGCUGUUCAAAGGUGUCAUGAGCAGCUGGUGAAUAGCAACCCCAUAAUCUGUAUAGUCAUUUCCCUUGGGAUAGUAAGUAUCCCUCUGACUUGUCGAGAAGUUAAUAGAAUAACUCGAAACUUUAAACAAUGGCGCUGUAAAACUCUCUGCCGUGUAGAAUGAGAGUUGCCAUCGUUUUGACAAAUGAAUUUCCGUUGCGUACACAAAGUUAUCAGAUUUUUAAGCUGAAGUAUCUCAGUAAAAGAAAAUAGAAAGUGUCAAAGCUGAAGAUUUGGUAUCGUCA